CCAGUACACCUAAAGAUUAAUUUCCUUCGUGUAACAUUUUCGAAAGGAAAUUGGAAUGGAAAGACCGAAGGAAGGAGCGAUCAUCUAACGAAAUUUUCGAAAUGAAAUUUCGGCACCAGAGACGAUGCUAUUGCCGCCACAAUCUGUUGAUCGCCGGAAGGAAGCAAUAUAGUCCGGCUUGGUUGGUCGCUGUACGGUGUCCUAAGUUCCGUCUUCCUCACUCACUCAGUUAGUGUGGUUCCUCUCUUCUUUACUGCGUUCCCGCUUCUCUUCCAGCUCUCGAUCUCGAUUGCUCUAUUGCAGCACGGGGUUGGAUACUGUAAAAGCCGAUGAUUUUUAAAUGUUAUUACACAGGCCAGAAAAAUCAUGGUUCAUCCUCUUUGCUUGAAGCUUCUUAGUUCGUGGGUGCAUCACACUGUAAGUCUUAAAUUCGUUAUACUCGAUAUAUGUCAAUGUUGCUGUUGGUGCUAUUGAUUGCAUGAUUGUUAAGAAUAGAGUUGAUAUUCAAAGGCCUAGAUAGAUAAGUUUAGUACAAAUCUUCAAUACAUAUAUUGUGACUAGUGUCUAAGAAUGCUUCCUUUUCAUUUUUCUUUUCUUUGGUUUGUUUAUGCUGGCUGCACUAAUAUGCAGUUGCUGGGAGGAUUUAGGUCAGA